ACCAAUGACGCGCUCCUCUCAUCUCUAAUAAGCCAAAGAAUUCAUCCUUGGUUGUAGGGUAAGGAAGUGACUAAGGAAGAGGAGCUUUCAGAGAAUCAUCCUCUAAUUUACACCUUUAAUGAGGAGCCAAUCAAAUUUGUGCUGCCAUUGACUUGUUGUCUGGGCAGAAUGUCUGAGGAUAACAUGGAAUAUGCAGAGGGGGCUGGAAAUGCAGUGGCUAGGUUGCACCCUGCAAGACGGAACAACUUAAGCACGUUGGACAAAAAAUUGAAUCUUUUGAAUGAAAAGGUAGAUAAAUUGUUGAGUUUCCAAGAAGGCCUGAAUGGCACACUACAAAAAGUGAACCGAGGCAUUGAUGACAUUGGAAAGAACAUUGACAAGCUAACAGCAUCCCAAGCAACUGCUGCUCAGACUGAGACAACAAAAAGAGGCCUAAAACCUGGGGACAAUAUUCACCCAUCUGAGACCCAAAGUGUGUGCUCAGAAAUGUUGAAGCUGAUGAGAGCUGCACAACAAGAUGCUUUAAAACAUAGGGAGAGGCUGGAAGAGAUAGAAAAAAUGUUUGAUACUGUGGAUAAAGUCAUUGCAUUUGUGGGAGAGACAUUCAAAAAUUCUCAAGUAGUGGAUUUCAUUCUGAGAGGCAUUGUACCUUGGAAGAAAGGGAGUCUGGUUGAAAUCCUAGUGGAGACGAAAGAUAAGCCUGAAGAGAAGGGUGCAAAACCAAAGCAUGUUCCUAGCAACAGAGGAGCCCAGGCUGAAAGCAAGAAGUCUUUGGAAGAGCCCAAAACAGAAGGAAAGUUGGAUGAAAAAAAUGGAGCAGGUGAAACUGUAAACUCUUUCGAUGCUGUAGUCUCCAAAGUUGACUCCAGUCUGCAAGUUAAAGAAAGGACAAUGCAGCCGCAAACAAUGGCAGGUUCUGGCAAAACAAAUAGUGCUAAGAAUCACCAACCACAAAAAGACACUGGAAUGAAAGCUUUGAUUCCAAACAGCAGUCUUCCCUUCAUAAAUCAUGGCUCUAGGGGGAACAAGAAUGUUACUGCUGAAGCAACUGAUAUGGACAGAGCAUCAGGACUGGAAGAACAUCACAGAAAAUCUGUUAAUCAGAAAUCAAAAGACAGUGAAAACAAACCCGCUGCACUCACCGCUAUACCCACGGAAGCUGUGCCAUCAAUGUCAAAGUCUGUAUCCAGAACAGAGCAUGAAGCAAUAUGCACAAGGAUUUCCAUCAAUGUGCAGAUGACUGACACCCAACAAAAGAUUGAAGUGGCCAACGAAGGAAGCCUACGUGAUCAUGGAGGUACAAGUUCCAAAGUAAAAUCUGCUUUCUCGUCACCAUUAGAAGCUGAAAGAGUUAAACAUCUGACUGACAAAUUUAAACAUAACCCAUGCCACCCAAAUGCCAGAACUGACCCUAUUCCAGAAGUAAAAGGGGUAAAGCUUGUUAAUAAACAAAACGAACAGGCACCCAAACUAGGGAAGCCACAGAUGCUGUUGAAUAAAGUCUCGACUGAUAAAAAGUCCCUUGAGAGAUCAGAGCUAAAUUGCAAGUCUAUGUCCUCUCAAAGUACAACUGAAAAGGAUACCAAAAAAGAUGUUGGAACCACAGUGAAAAGCCAGGAAGAAACAGCAAGGGCAAUGAAAGAAUCUACAAAGGAUGAUAGAUCUGAAUUAGAAUGUGCGAAAUUAGAAAGCGCAUAUGCAGGACAAAAAGGAAACCAUGCAAAUCAAUGUAUGGGAAAGACUCCAGAAAACAGUACAUCAGUAGAAGCCAGCAAAGCAUUUGUCAAGCAGGAUGAAGUAAUUAUUGAUGACAGCCCUCCCCCUCCUGCUCCUUUCGAACAUCGCAUAGUGAGCAUCAAACAAACAGAUGUGACCACGUGCUACUCGGUGUGUCGGCAUGAAGUGUUAGGAGGGGGGCGCUUUGGUCAAGUUCACAAGUGCACAGAGUUGUCAACGGGUCUUAAUCUGGCAGCCAAAAUAAUAAAAGCGAAAGGAGCAAAGGAAAGGGAGGAAGUGAAAAAUGAAAUAAACAUAAUGAAUCAGUUAAACCAUGUGAAUCUGAUCCAGCUUUAUGAUGCUUUUGAAUGCAAGAACAACCUCACCUUGAUCAUGGAAUAUGUUGAUGGUGGUGAAUUAUUUGACCGAAUCACAGAUGAAAAUUACCAUCUAACUGAGAUGGAUGCAAUCCUUUUCACCAAACAAAUAUGUGAAGGAGUCCACUACAUACAUCAGCAGUAUAUUCUCCAUUUAGAUCUGAAGCCUGAAAACAUAUUAUGUAUAAAUCACACUGGAAACCAGAUUAAAAUUAUUGACUUUGGUUUAGCGAGGAGGUACAAACCUCGUGAGAAGCUGAAAGUUAAUUUUGGCACUCCUGAAUUCUUGGCUCCCGAAGUGGUGAACUAUGACUUUGUUUCGUUCCCAACUGACAUGUGGAGUGUAGGCGUCAUCACGUACAUGCUGCUCAGUGGCUUAUCGCCAUUCCUAGGAGAAACAGAUGCAGAGACAAUGAAUUACAUAGUGAACUGCAGCUGGGAUUUUGAUGCAGAAGCAUUUGAACAACUCUCAGAAGAGGCAAAAGACUUCAUUUCCAAACUGCUUGUGAAGGAGAAGAGUUGCAGGAUGAGCGCAGCCCAGUGUCUGAAACACGAGUGGUUAAAUGAUCUACCAGGCAAAGCCAAGAAAUCCAAGCUUCGACUGAAGUCACAGUUGCUGCUACAGCAUUACGUGGCUCAUAGAAAAUGGAAGAAACAUUUCUACGUGGUAGCUGCUGCCAAUCGGCUGAGGAGGUUUCCGAGCAUGUCUGUCAACCUUGCAUAAGCUGUUGCAGAAGACCUAUAGGCCUUAGAGCUAGAGAUGAAGCAGAGAGAAAAGAACUGGAUGUUUUUCUCUCUUCUUCUGCCACUACUGUCAUCCUCAUGUUAUGUAUCAUGAGUGUGUUUAGGUAUCAGAACUGCCUCAGAGCACAACAACAUAGAAUGAAUUUUAUUAAUCUUUAUAAAACAGAGUUUUCCAUAGUUCUAUUCUGAUAGAACUCCAUUUAUACUUUCAAUAUGCUCAUAAAUAGCAGCUAAGUUCUGUGAGUGGGCCCAUUUCUUUUUGACAUCUGAUUAUUCAUAUGAAUCCAAAGCAUGGAUUAUAGCAGCAACUACUUAGUGGGAUACCUGAAGAAUUUCUGUGUUAAUGAAGUGCUGUACUAUCAGGGCAUUACCACAGUGAUGAUAGAUUUGGAGGGUAAUAGUGCUCCAUUUCCCCUGGCGAUAAUUGUUCCUCAAAGAAAAAUACCCAAGGACAAAACUGAGGUAGAAGUUUUUAUACAUUUCUUCUAAAAGAGUUCAAUUUUUCUGCCUCCCCCUUCAUCCACUUUUUUUUUUUUUUUUGCACAAAAGCUUCACAGUAAUGCAUGGCAAGUAGAG